CGCAGUUGCCGUCGCCUUUCUUUAAACUCUUUCCGCGUGUGAGAAAUUUCUCCCACAAUUCCUGACAUUUAUCUUUAAAAACCCCACAUCAAUACCAAUACACAUUGUAUAUCGACUUCGUCAUUGGAAUAUACACACUGCGUAUACAACAGCAUUUCCAUGGCAAAAACCCCAGAUGUGGAGCAGAUUUCUGAGAAGGGCGAAGCAAAGCCUCUUCGGGUGUCCCCGUCAUUCAGGCUACACAGCAAGAGCCUCAACAUCGUCAGGCUGAGAAGGAUUUUUGACGCCUUAGACGGCAACGGCGACGGGCAGAUCAGCGUCGCAGAGCUCGGGCAGGCCCUACAGAAGCUCGGUCUUCCGAUCCCGCUGCCCGAGCUGGAAUCGACGGUGCGAGGCUUCUUCAGCCCGGGCAGUGACGGCCUCGACUUUGACGCCUUCGUCGGCCUGCACAGAUCGUUGGGGGACAAGCUGCUUGGGGUUUCUGACGACGGAGAGGGCGUCGUGACGGAGGAAGAUGAGCAGGAUUUGAAGGAAGCUUUUGGUGUUUUUGACGAGGACGGUGACGGCUUUAUUUCGGCUUCAGAGUUGCAGGGUGUUCUGCAAAGGCUAGGUUUUGCUGAGGCGAACAACGCAGAGAAUAUGAUUCAUUCUGUUGACGUUAAUCGUGACGGCCUGGUCGAUUUUUUUGAGUUCAAGCAAAUGAUGACGGAGGUCGUGACGGUUAAGAGCUCUUGAUAUUGACGCAUUGGGCGGCGUCAACAAGAAGACGUUUUAUUUCUAACGCAUGAAUUGACGGAAGAUAACAUUUGCGCUUUAAUUUCUAGUAUGAAGUUCCUAACUUUAACCUAGUUUUUGUUGUUGCUGAAGCAUGCUGUCUUCUUUUCAGUUUUCUUAAUUAAGAAUUGAAAGACUUCAACAUGCUCCAUAUCAUUUGUAGUUUUUAUGUGAUUCCCAUCAUGUUAGAAAAAAGUUCUAUACA